AUGGCCCUCUCACAACCAGCAUUCACGCUCCCCCGCCUCUAUUCCAUCUUCUUCCUCACCAUCGAGCCCCUCUCUGCGCUAGCCGGUGCCUACUACGCCCACGUCCACCCUGUCACCUACCUCUCCCUAACCCACUCCCAAGUCUCCUCCACCUCCAGCCCCCUUUCCACUAUGCCCUCCCCAGGGUCGCCCCUCCCCCUUUCAACAACCAUCGCGCUCACCCAACUCGCAAACCUCUAUCUCCUCUUCGCCCUGAACGAAGCACUAGUCCUACGCUCUACUGCAGAUCUACGCGUCUGGAGAACGCUGCUUUUUGGAUUGCUACUUGCGGAUUUCGGACAUCUUUGGAGUGUGAAGGCCCUAGGGACGGGCGUUUAUUGGAGGGCCUGGGAGUGGAAUUGUAUGGCAUGGGGGAAUGUGGGGUUUGUUUAUGUGGGUGCGGCGAUGAGGAUGUGUUUUCUGAGCGGUGUAGGCAUGGGUGGGAGGGGAGGCGAGAAGGAGAAGUGA